ACAUAGAGAUGAUUCACCGAGCACUUCUGCUCUUCUUCCGUGACUGACUCACUCACUUUUUUUAGUGCCUCUAUUCCCUUCACUCUCCUCCCAGUGGCAGAGCACACAUUCAACUUACUUACCAACCAGUGGACUAUAUCGGCUUGGAGUGGGACCCCUGUCAGAAUUGGAACUUUUUUUGUGCCUUAAGAUGGGUCUUAAUUCCUUUAAAUGAUCUUGGACGUUUUUUUUAUUUUUUUUAUCAACAUGGUUUUAGGAAAUUAAAUGCAUGUGCUCAAUAUCCACCAAAGUAUUAGGAAUCAUAUGAUUCAUCCUAAAGGUGAGACUGACCCCCAAGUUGACCCAUAGUCCCUUUCACCAAUCCAAGGAGAAAAAGGCCAGCAAGAUGUGGCGCAGUAUUGCUGCACUUUUGAGGGGGGCUUUAGGAUUCUGGAUUGUGGCGUGUUAUUCAGCAGAAGAACAAAAGUUAGAAUGUAAUCUAGAGUCCCUGCCUUUACCUAAGUACCAUGACAUCUCUGACAAGAGUGGCAGCUUCAUGUCGAGGACGGUCAGUGACUUUAUCAAAGUUGUCCAGCCCAAAGACUUUCCUGAAGAUCUGAUCAAGCAUAUUGCGGCAAAUUGGACAAAGCUGAAAAUACAAGAUCUACAGCAUGAGGUACUGGAGUACGAGAGGGGCUUCGUUGCGUGCACGGUCAUCGGUAUCCUCUACGUCAUCCUGAUGCCCACUGUGGGCUCUAUGAUGGCCUGCUGCCGCUGUGCUGGCUGGUGUGGUGGCGACAUGUACCAGAAACAAUCGAGCGCCAUUUUCAUUAGGAGGAGAAACUUAUAUUGGGGCACUGUCAUCGUCACUAUCUUUCUCUUUGCCGGGAACAUGUGCAUGUUCGCAAGUUACAGGGAAUUCCAAGUGAAACUGAAUCUGACCGAAACUAAAAUCAACAACACCUUUGAUAAUUUGAAGGGCUAUAUCAACAAUCUUCCCGAGCAAAUCAACCGUGUGGCGGAACAGAGCAAAGAACUUGUGGACAGGCUUCCAAAAAAGAUAAAGGAAAGUGACGCUGAGCUUCAGAGCCAGCUUUUUGGAGACAACUCGGCGUUUGAGGCGCAUGGAGAGCUGCUGAAAGUUCUGGAUACAGUUAUUAGUUUGAAGGAGGAGCUGGAUACAGAAACGAAGAAUGUGGAAAUUAAAUUUAAUAAGGUCCAAGACCAACUUCCUGAUGAUCAAAAAGUAACUGGCGUGAGCUUUUCUUCUAACCAAGGUGCAUCUUUAAUUACGACACUAAACGACGCUAAACAAAAGUUGAAGGAUAAUGAUCCACAGGCGAAGCUUGACGACUUCAAAGGCACCCUCAAGAACUUGAACUUCGAUCAAUUGGAUUCUGUCAAAGACCAGAUCACAAAGCAGAUGAACAUGAAAAAGUUUUUUGAUGUAGACAUGAUACUUACCCCUCUGGACAAGGUACGGAUGAAGCUCAGUAAGUACAUGCCUUGGAUGGACUACGUCGACAGCCUCUGGUGGCGUGUGUGCAUAUCCCUGUCCUUCGCCGUCCUAGUGGUGGUCCUGUGCAACCUCCUGGGUCUCAUCCUGGGACGCUUGGGUCUGGAAGAACCUCAAGAACCCACAAAGCGGUCCUCCAUCGCCAAUUGUGGUGGAAUUUCCUUCAUGGUUGGUGCAAGUUGGAGCUUUCUGUUCUCGUGGCUGCUCAUGUUGCCUGUGACGUUGCUCUUAUUGGUGGGCGGCAACGUUCAUGCACUGGUCUGUCGCCCCUGGAGCAGCGGAGAAAUGCUCGAGGUUAUUCCGAGACUGGUACCUCAGAUGGAUUUGGCUAAAGUUUUAAAAGUGAAUGUCAAACUCAACCCCUCUGAUAUAUACAGGGACUGUGGGAAAAACAUGUCUCUCUGGCACACGCUCCACUUGGAGGAUGGUCCAGGAGCUAAGAUUAAUAAGUACCUCGACAUCUCCGAGCACAACAGCAAAAUCGAUGAUGUCAUACGCGGCAUCAAUAUCCCCACCAUAAGCUUGACUUUUGAUUUCGAUUCGGCGAGUCUCAAUAAAAAGCCUCAAAAGAUUGAUACAUCUGAACUUGACAAGAAGAUUACAGACCUCAAUAAAUUGGCAAAUACUCCUCUUAAUCCCCAAGCCGAAACCUCACGAAAGGCAGCCAAGGACCUGACUGAAAUUAAGAACGAUGUGGAAAUCAAGAUCAGUCCGAAAAUAGACAAAAUCUCUAACUCUAUAGAAGUGAUAAAAAAAAAAAUUGAGACGAUGAAGGGCAUGGCAGACCUCCUCAAGGAUACUACAAAAAUUAAAGAUGUGCUUAAAACAUUCUUGGUGGACGAGAUGACUCACAUUUUAGGCUGCAUUGGAAACCAGGUUAAAGAAGAGUUUGGCCGUUGUGGUCCUUUGUCUGAGGUCCUAGACUCUGCUCAAACCGUUCUGUGUUUGUACCUUGUGUCAUCUCUGAAUGCCUUCUGGUUCAGUCUUGGCUGGUGCUUGAUCUUCUUUAUCCCCAGCAUUAUAUUAUCCAUGAAACUAGCAAAGUAUUACAGGAGAAUGAAGCACUCGGAACCCAAAAGGAACCGUCCUCGUCCUGAGGUUCUGGAGUUAAGACCAAGGAAACAAAGCCGGAAUGGGAAAAAACAAAAGGGGUCGCAGCCGUCCUGGAACCUAUCCCAGCAGUCAUCGGGCAGACGAACGACCAUCCACACUCAUACACCUCGCGCCAAUUUGGAGUGCCUACCCACUAUGUUUUGGGGCUGUGGGAAGAAUCAGGAGAAGAAAAAUGGAUCCGAAUCCUGUGAGGUGGACGUGGUAACCUAUUAAAAACUAUCAAAUGGAAAAUUAUACUGAAAAAUAAAUUAUACAUUUUUUUCGUC